UUUGCUAGUUUGAUAGCAAUUUUUUAAGGCGCGCAGUUAGCCAACACUGUUUAGAUGCCAAUGUCGUGUAACUGUAAAAUUCUGCAUAUGGCGAAAGAGUGGCAUUUUUAGUUAAAUAUCGCAGUUCUGAAAAUGAGUGUUUUCCAAAAGUUAGAGGAAAACGGCCUUAGAAAUGGUCGUCGGAUCAAUAUGAAGACUCGAACACCAGUUAAUAUAUUAAAAGCUAGCAACAGAAACCUCGGAAGCAGCAAAUUCAAGGAAUACGUUGGUGUGUGGAUUGGCGAUUUAACUCCCGUUCAUUUGUGCAACGUGCUAGAUAAAUACGUGCAAGAGCACGAUACAAAACCCAAAAUGAUAAAUGUCACUGGCUGGUUUACAGUGACUAUAUCCAAUUGCAUGGACUUACCAGAUAGCUCCAUUAUGCUGGCUUUGAAAUACGCCAUGAUGCCACUCAAAGUGCAGCUGUAUAAUUUCAAACGCAGCCACGGCGGUGACUGCGGUCAAUUCCUUGUAGAUACUGUCCUGAUGGCCAAUCGUUUGAAGCGACUCAGCGGCAAAGUCUCUGUGCUGUUCAGUAGCCAAAUUAUCAAUAUAAUUGUGGAACAGGGUAUGCCUUCAAAUAUGUUAACGAUGUCGCAAUUUACGCCCGAACUACUAGUCGCCAUACGGACGGCGCUUUUUGCCUGUUAUGAAGCUGAUAGUGCUACUCUGAAUCUGUCUCGAUUUCAUGCCGUCGCUGAGCUCGAGGGUCACUUUUGUCCACUGCAUGUUUUGCCAAUGCUGCAGCAAGUGCUGUUUAUGAUAUCCCAACAGUUUCCGCUGUUGCGGAUUCUUCAAUUACGCGACAAUUUUUUGUGUACACUGCGCGCCUUUAAUGGGUUUUCACGUGCUAAUAUGCCUGCGCUUCAAAAUUUGGAUGUAAGCGCUAAUCAAAUUCAAGACUUAAUGGAGCUUAAAAAUUUACGAAACCUGGAUUUGCAGACUUUGAAGAUUGCAGGCAAUCCGCUAGCCAAAUACCAACCGUGGCAGCUGAACGCAAUGUUGCCACAAGGGGUACACAUCUGUGGCUACAGCCAAAAACUACAAUCUCAAGAAUUGAUAAGAGCGCCAUCCCCAUCAGCACAAGGUGCUUAUAGCAUUAAUUGUGAAGGCUUCACAUUUUGCGCUGGGUUCGCCAAAGUCUACUAUAACAUAUUUGAUGAGACAAGCCGUCGUCCGGAACUAGACAUUUAUUAUGAUGCUAAGGCCCUGUUCUCGUUUUCCGCCCCUACGGAGCUGACGCAGUCAUUGCAGUGCAACAGCUCUUAUAGACUGUUCAAUCGAAAUCACCUCCACUUGCGGUCAUCAUUUGCGCGCUGUGGCAAAAUGCGUGUCGGCGGUAAGAAUGUGGUCCAAACAAUUUGCAAACUUCCUGAUAUGCAGACAAGCAUCGAGGAAGCGCGGCUGGAGGUACACAUUUACAACAAUAAAUUGCGCGCCUUUACAUUAACCGGUAGCUGCAGUGAGCUGACAACCAACAACGACUGGCAAAGGCGUAUAUAUUCGCGAAGUUUUGUAAUGCGCCCGGAUGUGCCGCCAAGAUGGGUUAUUACUAACGAUAUGCUGAACAUCACAUUGGGUGCCAAGCAAGAAGUCAGGUGCAAGCGGAUCUUGGUACCUCCUCAGGCCAUGGAAGCUCCAUUAGCCAGCCAACAUAGGCAAGGACUUGACAAGUCCUGCAACAUUGAUGACCAAUUAGAAGAAAUUAGUAAUGGCAUGCCAAAACUGGCUAUCGAGCCCAAAAAAUCAUUUAAACCUAAAGCUGUGCUGCCAAGUUUUGAAGAGAUGCCGCAAUUAGUGACGCAAGCUUCCGUUGAUGAGAACAUUAAGCUAGAGCGGGAAGUCGAUGAUACGCUCUUGUGCUCCGAGGAUGAAAUGUUGCUGGUGAUCAGUGACGAUGUGCUUUAAAUCUUUUAUACAAAUGCAUAGUUGUUAAAAAAAUUACUACACUCACAUACACACCCAGCACAACCAUUUU